UGCACUUCCUGGUCGGAGCGGGCCUAGCGGCGGCGGGGUCCCACCAGGAUCCCAGGGGCCGCGCUCGUUGCCCCCGCCCUCCUCCUGGGAGCGCUCGGGGCGGAGCCGGGCGGGCGCGCGGGGCUCCCGCCCCUCUCCCGGCGGUCACCUGGGGCCGGGCGCAGCAGGUGUCCGGUCUUGCGCCCAGCGCCGGGGACGCGGAGCGCGAGCCGGGAGCCUCGACGCGUCGGGUGAGCUGAGGGACUUGGCGGCAGGGCCCACCCCCGGAAUUCCAGAGGCGACCGCAAGGACCCAGCCGGCGGAGGAAGGUCCAGCUGGGAGGAAACGCGCUCGCUUCGCCCCACCUUGUGCAAAUGACUCGGAGUGAGACAGUGCGCACAAGUAGGGGGAGUAGCUGGAAGAGGGAGAAACAGACUCCCCGCUGAGCAGAGAGCCAGAUGCGGGACUCGAUCCCAGGACCCUGGGAUCAUGACCUGAGCCGAAGGCAGACGCUCAACCAACUGAGCCACCCUGGCACCCCAUAAAUGUAAUUGUUUCAUUGAAUUCAGCUUAGUCACAUGGCAUUUUGGAAUGCCAGGUACCAAAAGUAAGAUCACUGAAGGCAGUAAAACUGAGAUUAUCAGCCAAGAAAGACCUACUGGAGAAAGCAAAGGAUGGAAGCAAAAGUGAAGCAGUGUUUUAUCCUAUGUACUUCAGCAGACCUUCUGCAAUUCAGCUAAAACUAUGACUGCUCUUUCUUCAGAGAACUGCUCUUUUCAGUACCAGUUACAUCAAGCAAAUCAGCCUCUAGAUGGUAACUGUCUGCUAUUCUUGAUUAUACUUGGGAAGAUACUACUGAAUAUCCUCACAUUAGGAAUGAGAAGAAAAAUCACCUAUCAAAAUUUUAUGGAAUAUUUCUGCAUUUCACUAGCAUUCAUCGAUCUUUUACUUUUAGUAAAUAUUUCCAUUAUAUCCUAUUUCAGGGAUUUUGUACUUUUAGGCAUUAGGUUUACUAAAUACCACAUCUGCCUAUUUACUCAAAUUAUUUCUUUCACUUACGGUUUUCUGCAUUAUCCAGUUUUCCUGAUAGCUUGUAUAGAUUAUUACCUGAAUUUCUCCAGAACCACAAAGUUAGCAUUUAAGUGUCAAAAAUUUUAUUUGUUUAUAGUAAUUUUAAUUUGGAUUUCAGUCCUUGCUUAUGUUUUGGGAGAUCCAGCUAUCUACCAAAGCCUGAAGGCACAGAAUGUUUAUUCUUAUCAGUGUCCUUUCUACAUUAGCAUUCAGAGUUACUGGCUGUCAUUUUCCAUGGUGGUGAUUUUAUUUAUGGCUUUUCUAACCUCUUGGUCAGAAGUUACUGCCUUGGUACAGGCUGUUAGGAUGACUUCCUAUAUGAAUGAGACUGUCCUAUAUUUUCCCUUUUCAUCCCAUUGUAGUUAUACUCUGAGCUCUAAAAAAACACUCUUGCCCAAGUUCAUUAUCUGUUUUCUCGGUACCUGGUUACCAUUUGUACUACUUCAAGUAAUUAUCCUUUUACUUAAAGUACAGAUUCCAGCAUUUAUUGAGAUGAACAUUCCGUGGUUGUACUUCGUCAAUAGUUUUCUCAUUGCUACAGUUUAUUGGUUUAAUUGUCACAAGCUUAAUUUAAGAGACGUUGCAUUACCUGUGGAUCCAUUCGUCAACUGGAAAUGCUGCUUCAUUCCACUUACAAUUCAUAAUCUUGAGCAAAUUGAAAAGCCUAUAUCAAUAAUAAUUUGUUAAUGUUGCCAUGUUAAAACUAAUUAAAACUGACAACUACAGUAGGAAUCAUAAUUUUACAAAGGGAAAGGACAUACAAAGACUGAACUGAAGGUCCCCUCCCCGGCCCCAACUUUCAUACCUUUUCAGAAUGUGUCUUUUGGGACUAUGGUAUUAAAAACAAAAUAAUUCCAAGAAAAUUUUUUAUACCUGUUCAGGAACACAGCAUGUUACCAAUAUCAAUUUAACACAAAAGUGAAGCGAGUUAAUAUUUGGCCAUACUGAUUUCAUGUUACCCAAAAAACUAGUGGAUGCAAACUGUUAGUAAAUCUGAGCUUCUCUGCCAGUGAUAUACAAAUGUAAAUAAACAUUUUUAUUAAAUUCA